AUGAGUAAAUUUUUUCAACGUGUAAGAAAUGUAUUCAGAAAAAAUGGUUCUUCUCAAAAUAUAACAAAUAAUACAGCUGAGGAUUUCAAUGAUGAACAAAUAAAGGAUACUGAUACAAGAUUAACUUAUCGUCAAAAUGAAGAUUUAGAUAGUGUUAGCGAUGAAACUGAGAAUAUAAAUAAUAAUAAUAAUUCAUCACAACAAAAAAAUCUUAAACAACAACAAAAACAAACAACAUCAUUAGAGACAGAUUCUUCGUCAAAUUCAUUGAGCCUUCAUAAUUCUGAACUAAGAAAACGGCCAAAUAAUUUUCAAUCUGGUUUAUCACGUAAUAAAAACGUGAAUAGGAAUAUAAAUCCUUCAGUAAAUAACAAUGCUGUUCUGAUUAGAAAUUCCACUACACAAAAACGCUUAUCAUCUCAAUCACAAAAUUCUUCUUCUUCUUCUCGUUCACAAUCAUCUAUUAAUAAUCUUCCUUCUGAACAAUUAGCAAUACCUUCAAAAAAUCAAAUUCUUCAAUCACCUUUACAUGAUAAUUUCUUAACUCCUAUGAAUCGAUAUCGACGACCAUUUCCAAUCAAACCUAAUUCAACUCUUGUCGGUUUUUCUCAAAGAAAUCCAUCACAUCUACGUUUCAAUCAACAAUUACAAAAUUCAUCGUAUAAUUUUAAUAGACCUUUCUUUUCUAAUCAAUUAAAUCGACCUUUUUUCAAAAAUCGUUUAUUACCAUUUCAAUCACAAAAUAAAAUUUCUAAUUAUGAAAUUGAUUAUCCAAUUGAAAAUGUUUUAUUCGAUAAAAAUAUUCCUUCAACAAUGGCUAUUAAAAUAAAUGAAGCUGUCGAAUAUGAUCGUUUUGGUAAUACUUAUUAUAAUCGUCAUUAUGCAUAUGAACCAUCAAUUCAACAUAUUAAUAUAGGUAAUCGUCAACAAAUUGAUCGUCAUCUUAUUGAAAAUUCUCGUCCUGAAGGUAUGAGAUAUAUACGUGAAAUUAAUAAUAAUUAUGAUUGUUAUCCACAAAAAACAAAUGAUAAAAUUUUUCAAAGAGAAAAUUUCAAUAAUUUACAAUCAAUAAUUAAUGAUAUACCUCAAGUAAAUUAUCAAAUAAUAUCUUCUAACGAUAAUUUUAAUUGUUAUCCAAUAUCUAUAAAUCAUUUUACGGCAUGUGCUUUACCUAAUGAUCCAAUGCGAAUUGAAUAA